AACUUUGUUGCCUGUGAAUAAAAAUCUAAAUGAUAGUGAAAAAUAGAUGAUAGCUUCGAAGAAUUUAUAAUAUUUACAAUAUUUAUAGAAUUCAACGUGAAAUAACCUAAUAACCAUGUGGUAUAGCGCAGAUUAUUACACGGCCAGGACACUGAAUGUUUUAAAGCUGCACAACACCCACUAGUGCUGCUGAGAACACUGUGUCGGAAUACUUGCCCUUGCCCUCCCAAACAACACUUUAAAACAUUCAGUCAUGUACUCAGAGCAGCAUCAUGACUAUCUACCAUCAUCAGAGAUUAUACGAACGGAAAGCUGCGUGAAUUGCUCGCGCGCCGAUUCGAACCAUCGAUCGUGGAACUGUGACCGAUUGGAUAUAGCGAUAGUAGACCGAUACCGGAACAAUCGGGUACCACGAUCCAACGAGAACUCUACUCGUAUUGCUAUUCGGCUGCAACUACUUGAAGCAGAGCGCGCAAUCCAGCAGCGCGAAUGGGAGGCGACUAAAAGAGCAAUAGAGCAAGAGAGGAAGGCCAUGCUUCAGAAAUAUAAAUUACUGGAAGAGCGGUUGGCGAACCGACGAAAGGCGACCAAAUCCAAACAACUGGAUCUGACCGCCACCACUACUGUAGAUGCUCUGUACAGCGAGGCUGAAAUAAACAAUUCAUCAGCCGAUAACGUACCGGAGCAGGAUGAAACGGUUGAGUUGGAAAACCAACAUUUUGCUAUACAACCAAUAGCCACCGAAUCAUCAGUCGAUCUGCUACAUAUGAAAGAGAUCCAGCAGCGAAAAUGUCGCGCGUUUCUCAACAUUUCUUCAAACGUUCCAAAACUACAUUUUGAUGGUAAUGUGGAAUCAUCGAAUGAAAGCUGUGUUCCCCUUGCACUGCCUGCGAUACUACAGUCCGAUAUACCGUCAGCAAGAACAAAACAUCAAUUCACGACUCGGUCGAACUGCUUUGGAAACCAAAACCCAAUCAAGCUGUUUCAUACAAUGGAAGAGACAAUAUUAGUAUUUGCAGCGGAGCCUGCUAUACGAAUAAAAGUAAUCUUUACCGUUCCUUGCUUUCGGGUCCAUGAAGCAAACACAAACUAUUUGGUCAAUAGAAUCAAAAUUGAUCACUAUAUCGGAUCAAGCGCAGCUUCCGCCUUCGUUAAAGCAAUUGCGCCUGAACCUGAUCCUCCUCCCACGCUGUUUAAUACGUGUCAAUUAGCUACGAGGAAUGUAUCUGCAGCUGCCAGAAACAGAGAAAAGAUCGGUAUGAGCAAUUAUUGAAAUUGUUGAUCAGCAAUGUGAUGCGAUCGAUGCCAGUAGAAUGGAUGUAGUAACAGCGUAAGGUGACAAUGGACACAGGUGUAUUGACGAGAGGACUGUUUCGUGCGGAAUUGACCUCGGAUUAACUGCUAGCUACAUAUGAGGACAGAUAAAGAAGAAAGAUGAGGCGCAUAUCAGAUUUAUUACUGUAGCUUACGCUCAACGGAUGUCGAGUUUAUCGAUUAUUGAUAAUGAUUAUCAAUCUGCGUCAUACGAAACCAUUAAAAAUGAAGUGGAGGACUUUGUUAAACAAGUUUCGGUUGGAAAAAAGCGAAUGUGAUUUUGCGUUUCGUGCAACAUGAUGAGUAGCAAUAUGAUAUAUCUACCAGCUCUGCCAAGAUUUUGGAUGAAAUAAUUUGUGAGGCAAAUCUAUUGUUCUACUUCCUUUUAUAAGAUACAAAUUAUAACUUCUUAUUCUAUGUUGUAAAACUGAAAUGUGCAUCUAGUAGUAGUUCAAAUAUAGAAUCUAGAUACGCUUAUUUCGGCAUUCAGGCACACAGUGGCAGGGAAAACAUAUGAACUACACAAGUUAGAAUGCGUAAAGCCAGGUUUUGAAAAAGGGCAAACAAUGCACUAUGUUACCAGCCAUGAGCCAGCGGAAUUGAAUUAUUGGUAAAACUGAAACAUAUGACCAGUGUUACGAGGGGGAGUGUUACCGCUGGGCAUAUACUGAACGCCAGUAGUCUAACACGUUACCUCAUUUGAACUACACACUAGGCCUGUCAUCGUUGAAUGGCAAUGAGAAAGAUAGAUGUUUAGAUCGUAUGUGAUUUGGCGGGUAAAGGUGCCGAAUUCUUAUUUGCACGUUAAUUUAGGUAACUCGAAUUGAACUUUAUUUGCCUGUGAGUGAAGAUCUAAAUGAUAGUGAACAAUUGAUGAUAGCUUCGAAGAAUUUAUAAUAUUUACAAUAUUUAUAGAAUUCAACGUGAAAUAACCUAAUAACCAUGUGGUAUAGCGCAGAUUAUUACACGGCCAGGACACUGAAUGUUUUAAAGCUGCACAACACCCAAUAGUGCUGCUGAGAACACUGUGUCGGAAUACUUGCCCUUGCCCUCCCAA